CAGCGCCAACGCCGCCGCCGAGGUGCCGCGUCCAGAAUGGCGAGGGCAGUGGAGCAUGGAGCCAGCCGUCUUGCCAGCUGGCUUCAGGACCAGAGUCCACCCGCCACGGGCUGCAGCAACUGCGACCAGCCUGCCACGCACGUAUGCUUCCCCUGCAGUCAUCUUUGCCUUUGCUUGGUCUGUGCCGAAGAUCUGGUCCGACACACUGGACGUGGGUUCCAAGAGGUUGCCUGCAACGACGUUGAUGCCUCAACCGGGCGCCCAUCCUGUCCACUCUGUGGCCAAUUCAUCUUCUGCGUGAUCGAUGCCAAGCCCUCAAAGGUUUUUGAGGUGCCUGGCCCACUGGAUAUGGCAGUUACAGCCGCGGCAGCAGCUGCAUCCUCGCUCCGUAAGACGGCGGCCACCGCUGCACGAGGUGCGGCUGAUGCUGCUUCACGACAUGCCGCAGCCGUGUCACCAACAAUGAUGGGAAGGUCCCGCUCUGAUGACGCACGCCAGCCGCAUUCAAUGACGUAG